UAAGCGUCACGCAUUGCCGGAAGCCGCGCAAAUAUUCGGUUGGCGGAGGAGGAGACGACGAAGUUUAAAAAGUUUUGCCUCCGCCUCCUUGUAGAGCCCAAACGACGACUUUGUAGUACUGCUGCCGCUGAAUCCGAUAGCUGUUAACGGUUCGGUCCACUUAAAUAUGCCGUGUGAAGUGACGGGGUUUGUGGCGUGGGCGCCGAGUGAUUAGAUUUGAAGUGUGUGUUGCUGUCACCCCAGAGCUGUGGCCAGCAGGUCGCCCCGGCGGCCCGAAUGUGUAACUAAGGAAAUCGCAUCCUGCAGAUGGUGAACUGAAGGCCUGUCCCUCAAGGUAGGAGACCCGCAGACCAUGCGUGAACGCGUAGACGGCUGGAAACGAUGGGCCUCGUCUACUGCAUUUUCAGCAUCGUCAGCAGGACCAUUGAAGUAUUGCGCUUCUUGCUGGACCUGAAUUUCUGGAUUGUGUCGUCACUGCUUAGUGCGAUCUACUUUGUUUACAACCUUCCAUCGCUGCUUAUCGCCGGAGUGAUAAAAUGCUGGAACCUUACAUUUCUCUAUGUGCUGGCAUUAGGAGAAGCCUUGCUGGCCACCGUGCAGACCUGGCUGGGCAUGCUGGGAGCCUGGCUGCGUCUGUUCGGUGGUUUCCUCGAAAGCCUCAAGAUGAUUGGCAAUCUGUUCACUUACGUCGUGUUCCGCAGUAAAGAGCUGCUUCACAGGGGGCUGCUGUCUGGUCAGUCCUUCAUCAGACAGUUUUGUGAAGGCUGUGGUAUUGCCGUCAGCUUGAUCGUCUACUUUGUAAACACCAUGGUCAACAUGUUGCUGAUUGGAAUGCAGAAUGUGUUUGGAAUGGCCCUUGCUACUUGGGAGACGGUGGCAGAGCCAAUGCUCAGAGUUCUACAGGCUGCCAUUGUUGUUUUUCAUUCCUUGUCAAGCAGUAUUGUGGGCAUAGCUAUUCUGUUGUGGACCCCAUGCCAGCUGGCCCUAAAUUUUCUCCAUUCCCUCAGCCAAAUUUUCAUCAGUGUCUUUGUGCUUAACUUGUAUGGGCUGGUGCUCACACUAGCCAUUGUUGUCUUCACUACACUCUACUUAAACCCCGACUUGCCGCGCCGGGGGGCAGACCGCACUCUGCAGUAUAUAAGCAGCAUUCCUUGGUUACUGCGACUUCAGACGACGGCACAGAGGCUGUAUUUGUUAACUCUGGCUCGUGCACAGACUAUCCUAGAGUCAGAGGUCUGGCAGCGUGCACCUUGGCCAGGAAGCCAAGCUGCCCAGGGUAGGGUCAGAAGGCAGAAUGCAAAUGAGGCUGGCAUUGCACUGGCUGGACCACAAAGACAUCCAGUUAUACCAGUGAUAAUGAAUGAUGCACCGCAAGGUCAGGAGAUUAUCAAUUUACAUAGGAUUAAUAAUGCUGAUCCUCCGCUUGGUCGUGAAGGACCCAUGACCUCAGCUGCAAUCUCUACCACAAAUAGGCCUUCAAUGAAACAUGCUUCAAAUGAACCGGAACCAGACACACUUUUGUCUCUCCUUAAGGAGCACGAGGAGAGGAAAAAGUGUGUUAUUUGUCAAGACAGUGUCAAGACAGUCCUGCUUCUUCCCUGCAGGCAUUUAUGCCUUUGCCGAGCCUGUACCAACAUUCUACUGAAUCAGCCUGUCUAUCAGCACAAUUGUCCUCUAUGCCGCCAAAUGAUUUUACAGAACAUGGAUGUAUAUCUGUGACAUUUACCUUUUUUUUUUUUUUUUAAUGUCAGAAACGUUCUUUGUAAAUAAUACAAAUCUCAGGUGUUUUUCCUUUUUUUUUUUUUAGAAUUGGAUGGUGACUAUAGUUUAGCCUCUUUUCUUUUUUUUCUUUUCUUUAAUACCUUGCUAGCAUUUGCACAUAUUUCAUGCCCCCUGCUCUGGUUACAGCAGGACUAGUGCAUGUCAUUGUUACUCAGAGGCCAUGCUUGAAAUUCUCAUUUGCACCUUCUAAAUGUGUGCCUGUUUGCUUUCUUGAUACACAGCAAUUAUUUGGCAAAAGGAACACCAAACCUCCCCAUGUUCAGGUUUAAACAGAGGGACUUUUCUCAGGAAUUUUAGGUUUUUUAGCUGAUUGAUUCCUCUUUACACUUUGAAGUUUUCUCCUAUUCCCUUAUGAGUGAAGCUUUUAGCUUCUGACUGCAGCAGGUGACAAGGCCUGGUUGAUCUCUUUAAAUAAGUGUGCCCUAUGUGCGUAGUGUUCUUUUAUUGCAAACCUUCAAUCUGCAUGUCUUCCAGAUAGCUCGCUGCAUUUGAACAGUAUGCAUUUCUGUUUUGGGGAAGAUGGGUAGGCAAAUGUUUGCACAGCAUGUGUAACACCGGUGAUUGCGGUAUAUUUGAGUGUAGAUUCAUUGCUUGUGCAGGACGGUUGCUAUACAGUAGUAUGUCUUUUGGGAGGUGGGCAAUAUUUAUGCAUAACUGGCUCAUUUUUAUUAACUGCAAAGCAAAUGGCAUAAUGGUGUCACAAACAAUUGUGCCAGAAUCCAUGCAAUAAAAAGUAGUGGUGCUUUAUUUCGCUUUCUCAGUUUAUUAUGGCGGGAGAGCCUGGGAGCUUCUAGGAGCAGAAUGAACUUUUCUUGCCCCAGAAGUAUAGCUGGUCUAAUUUGGAAGUAACUGUUUCUUUGAGCACCUUACUGGUAGAAACGGGCAUGAGAGUCACUGUUUUAGUAACUCUGCUGGCCUUUUAUUGAUUUGUAGAUAGUCUGUGAUGCCUGUAAGUAAAGCUGGAAUAUUGCGAGAGCACAAAAACAAAAAAAAAAACGAUUCCUUCAUUUAUGGUCUUCCUAAUGGAGUAUUGAUUUGCGCUCAGGCUCAAUGUUAGAUUGAAACUAGUUUUUUUUAGUAACCUGAGCCUUUCCACCAUAGGUGUGCUGGACUAUAACCCUUUAUAAGGGUUUUGAGGGACCAGAUCCUCUGGGACCAAAUGAUUACUCAGAUGUCUUCUUCAUCACACUGAAGAAUUUUUACUUGUCCCCAUGUUCGAUGAACAUAAAAGAGAAUAAAGUGUCACAACUCUCUUCAAUUUGUUUUUUAUCCACAUGUGCACUGGAAAGGGGCUGCCAACACUAACUGAAGCUUUACAUUUAAUGUACACUUCUCAUUGGCUGAAGACGGGCCUUGCUGUCAAAGCUUCACCAAGUUGUAGGUCUUGCUAGUGUGUGUGGCUGCAGAGUUGUAUUUGAUAAACCAUUUAGUUGUAGUUAGGCUAAUCUUGCAGCAUAAACAAAGCGACUGGAUAAUCAUCACUGCCUCUGGAGUUUAGAUAAUGUGCUUUAUUUCUUAACAAAAAAAAAUAUAUUGCCUGAAAGCUUUGUCAGAGAUAAUCCAGUAUUUUACCUGCACUGAUUUAUUUUUAAUAGCAAGUGACUGGUGACCUCAUUGGGAAGACUGUUAAACCAGUGAGCACAGAUGAUGUUCCCUUUCUUUCAUUAAACACUAUAACCCUG